UAAUUUAUUGUGCGACGGCGACAUUUUGAAAUGGAAAAAUCACACUCUGUUUCCAGUACUGGGCAGUAGGCUCAGCAAGUCUGUCUCUCUUCGUCUGUCAAUGGCAACCGUGAACCUACCUCCAUUGCAGAGCUGCGCCACUGGCUGCUUCGUAAAUUCUUCUCUUCCUUCCAGAAAUUCCCUCACCAUAUCAUUCUAUACACCUCUCAAGCCCUCCUCUUUGCCCUAUGUAUCUUCGAGGCCCCAUAUGGUCGCUAGACCGUGCGCUCUGACCGUCGCUUCUGCUUUCAAGAAGCUCUCGGAGGUGGAGCUUGUUGCCUUGUCGCCGGGAGAGGACCUCUCUGGAGAAUUCCCAGCAGAUUCCGGCGUGUACGGCGUAUAUGACAGCAACAGCGAUCUUCAGUUCAUCGGUAUAUCACGGAAUAUAGCAGCCAGCAUUCUAUCUCACCGGAAGACGUUGCCGGGUCUCUGCUGCUCCGUCAAGGUUGGGGUAGUGGAUGAACCUGACAGAACAGCUUUAACCGAAGCUUGGAAAUCAUGGAUGGAAGAACACAUAAAAGCCACUGGAAAAGUCCCACCAGGUAAUGAAUCAGGGAACACCACAUGGGUCCGGCAGCCACCGAGGAAGAAACCUGAUCUCCGGCUGACACCUGGUCGUCAUGCCAAACUGACAGUCCCACUAGAGGAGCUUAUUGAUUGCUUGGUGAAGGAAAACAAGGUUGUAGCCUUUAUCAAAGGAUCAAGAAGUGCCCCAUUGUGUGGAUUCUCACAGAAGGUGGUUGGUAUUCUUGAAAGUGAAGGGGUGGAUUUUGAGAGCAUUGAUGUGCUUGAUGAAGAGUACAAUAAUGGAUUGAGGGAGACACUGAAGAAGUAUAGUAAUUGGCCUACAUUCCCACAGAUUUUUGUGAAUGGUGAGUUUGUUGGAGGGUGCGAUAUCCUGUCCUCAAUGCAUGAGAAGGGUGAACUUGCUGGUCUGUUGAAAAAUUAGAUGCUUACCUUUUCAUCCAUUGGUCUUUUGCAAAAAUGGGAUGCUGUGGAACAGCAAUGAGAUGAUGUGUUAAUGACAGGAACUGUAGCUUAUUGGUUUGUUAAUCAUUCAUAGAUGUUGGCCAUGAGUGAUAUUUCUCAUCAAUGAGAAAAAUACUUGUAGUUCAUUGUAAUGUAUCUUAUGUAGGGUAAAUGAAAAAUUUUGUGCAUCCCUUCUGAUGGAGUCUCUCUCCUUCCCAA